AACCUGCAGGUUUAUUUCACUGACUGAAAAAAUGAGGACCUGAGAACUUGUCAGCUGAUCAGUCCUCUAAAUCAGUUACCACCACCGUCGUCCCACCGCUGUGAGGAAGAACUCAGAGAACAGAAAUGCUGCAGUUGCUGCUGCUGCUGCUGGUUCUGUCCUCAGCCAGUCCUCUGGACCCAGACAGGAACCGACCGCUGGAUGAAACGGUCUCCUCUGUAAAUCCAGAUCCUGCAGAUGAUGUUGCUAAAAUCAAAGCUAAGUUGUACUACUCAACCGUCCGACGUGUUCUGCCUCCGGCUCCGUUCAGACAGAAAAGCCCAGUUAACUCGACGCUCCCAGAGUUUGGUAAUACAGGAAAACUGCGAUGGGAAAAAUGGCAGGGUUCCCCUCCUAAUGGAGCCAUUUCUAUUUACAACAGCUACGCUGAUCGAAUCGACUACAUCUGCAAAGUCGGAUGUCAUUCUGGGUUUUAUAACCCCAGCAAAGGCUCUUACUGCCACUACCCAAAUAAAAAAGAAGAGCAUCAUUCCUCCAGCUUUCAAAUCCUUGUGAAUGAAGAUAAUUUUCAGAUCCUGGAGUGGAAGGAAGGUUCUUAUGGUUCUGUUCCACAGAAUGCAAUUAGAACCUGCUCCAGUGAGGAAAUGUAUGUAGGGAAGAACAAGUACGGACUGGGGAAGGUUGAUCAACAGGAUCAAUGUUUUUAUCUCCCCUGGGAGGGAAGUGAGCAUUGGUACCGGUACUAUGAGGUUCUGACCCACAUGAAGGCUGAAGAAGAUCUCAUCUCUGAUGUCAAAUAUCACAUCAAAACUGCUCAAAUUUUCAAAGAACCUCCAAAAACCUUGCGAAGCUCUACUGUUAAAAACCUUUCUCGCAUGAAUGUGACGAAGACGGUUUCACUGACGAAGACCACCACUGAUGAGAGACGGUGGGACUCCAGCAAUUCCUUCACAGUCGGUGUAAAAACUUCCAUCAAAACAGGAAUUCCCUUCAUUGUGGAUGGAGAAAUUGAAAUCAAUGCAGAGACGACUCAUAGUUUCUCACGUGGAAAUUCCUGGACAGAGCAGAUCUCCCACUCUGUGUCUUUACAGCUUACCGUACCACCAAACCACAGCUGCACAGUAAAGAUGGUUGGUUAUCAGUACAAGAUGGACGUUCCCUUCACCGCCGUCCUCAAGCGAACCUAUGAAGACGGAGAGACCAGAUCAGUUACCAUCUCUGGAAAUUAUCACGGAGUCCAAGUUGGAGACAUUGAGGCUGAAGUUGAAAAAUGUAAACCUUUGUCCAACUCCAAACGCUUCAUCCUACAACAACAUGAUGUAGGAUAUUUGGAGAGUGAAAACCUCCUGAAGUAAAGUUAGCAUGACUUUACCAGCAGAGCUUCAGCUUCAUUUAUGCUUUUUUAUUCAUACUCUUUGAAACUGUAACCAUGCGGUUAGUCAAAGGAGUGACUUUAUAUGCAAUUCUGAUAAAAACCCACAACAUUUUUAUUAACUAUCAUCUCAUUUAAAGUUGAUCUAGAAAGAGACAAGCUAUAAAGUUUAUGAAUGUACCCUGUGAGCUAUUCUAUGCAAUUUAUUUGGCAUUAAUAAAGCUUAUAAGCAAUGAAAA